GGCGCCGAGCGCGGGAGGCGGUGCCGCUGGAAGCAGCGCGGGGCGCGAGGUUCCGAACAGGUGCGAUGGCAGAGAAGGUGCUGGUGACAGGCGGCGCUGGCUACAUCGGCAGCCACACGGUGCUGGAACUGCUGGAGGCCGGCUAUUUGCCUGUGGUCAUUGACAAUUUCCAUAAUGCCAUCCGUGGAAGGGGCUCCAUGCCUGAGAGCCUACAGCGGGUUCAGGAGCUGACAGGCCGCUCUGUGGAGUUUGAGGAGAUGGACAUCUUGGACCAGGCAGCCCUACAGCGUCUCUUCAAGAAGCAUCACUUUAUGGCAGUCAUCCACUUUGCGGGUCUCAAGGCCGUGGGAGAGUCUGUGCAGAAGCCUCUGGAUUAUUACAGAGUUAACCUGACAGGAACCAUUCAGCUUCUGGAGAUCAUGAGGGCCCACGGGGUGAAGAACCUGGUGUUCAGCAGCUCGGCUACCGUGUACGGGAAUCCCCAGUACCUGCCCCUGGAUGAGGCCCACCCCACAGGUGGCUGUACCAACCCCUAUGGCAAGUCCAAGUUCUUCAUCGAGGAAAUGAUCCGGGACCUGUGCCGGGCAGACGAGACCUGGAACGCAGUGCUGCUGCGGUAUUUCAACCCCAUAGGCGCCCAUGCCUCGGGCUGCAUCGGCGAAGAUCCCCAAGGCAUCCCCAACAACCUCAUGCCCUAUGUCUCCCAGGUGGCAAUUGGGCGACGGGAGGCACUGAAUGUCUUUGGCAAUGACUAUGACACAGAGGAUGGCACAGGUGUCCGGGAUUACAUCCAUGUCGUGGAUCUGGCCAAGGGCCACAUCGCGGCCUUGAGGAAGCUGAAGGAGCAGUGUGGCUGUCGGAUCUAUAACCUGGGCACGGGCACGGGCUAUUCGGUGCUACAGAUGGUCCAGGCCAUGGAAAAGGCUUCCGGGCAGAAGAUCCCAUACAAGGUGGUGGCACGGCGGGAAGGCGACGUGGCUGCCUGUUAUGCCAACCCCAGCCUGGCCCUCAAGGAGCUGGGCUGGACAGCAGCCUUAGGGCUGGACAGGAUGUGUGAGGAUCUGUGGCGCUGGCAGAAGCAGAAUCCUUCCGGCUUUGGGGCACAGGCCUGAGACCUUCUCCUGCCACGCACCAGUGAAGGAAAGAAACACCUGCUUGUUCUCCAGCCUCCGGUGGGAACCCAGGGGCCUCAGCCUCCCCUACCUCAAACCCCAGACGGGCCUGCUCAGCCCACCAGGCGGGGGGCCAAGGGUUCCACUGACCAGGAGUUGGGGGUCUCUCUUUUCCACGAACCCAUCAGGACCACCAGAAGCAAAUGUGGGAACGAGGGCCCUGACACAGGAACUAAUUUAUACUGCUCUGAAAGAGAUUUCUAAAGUAUUUAAAAUAAAAGUUUUCUAACACUGGGGCA